UUUCGUUCACAAAAUUAUUUAAAGAUAUUUUAUCACAGAGAGAGAGAGAAGACGGCGACAACAAGGGCGAAUUUGAUGAUGCUGAGGUUUCCAAGUAGCUUGAGGAGCUUCUCCGUUUCCGCUUCUUCAUCGAACGGUUCGCCGCCGGUGAUCGGAGGAUCUAGCGGCGGUGUAGGGCCGAUGAUCUUGGAAUUGCCGCUGGAGAAGAUACGGAGACCGUUGAUGCGAACAAGAUCCAACGAUCAGAACAAAGUGAAGGAGCUCAUGGACAGCAUUCGCCAGAUCGGUCUUCAAGUCCCGAUCGAUGUGAUUGAAGUUGAUGGAGCUUACUAUGGCUUCUCGGGUUGUCACAGGUACGAGGCACAUCAGAAGCUAGGUCUCCCAACUAUACGCUGCAAAAUCCGCAAAGGAACAAAGGAAACACUAAGGCAUCACCUUCGCUGAGAAUAUUCACUUUAUUUUAUGAAAUGCGUACGUGUUGGAAUCUGUGUAUUUGUCUGUAUAAAACAAUUUAAAUAAAAACUUUGUAUCAUCGCUGAUA